AUGUCCGAGUCGACGACAAGUACUAGCGCUCAAGGAAAUGCGACAAUUAACAAGACCACAAUCCCUAUCUGGGUCGUAUACGAAGUGGAGCAGCGCAUCUGGUACGGAGUGAUGGUGACCAGUUGUGCGGUUGGCAGUAUCGCCAGUGUGGGUCUUAUUGCGGCCAUUUUCACCUCCAAAACAGCCCGCACCGGCUCCAGCAGUCUGAUGGUCAAUCUGUUGGUAAAAGUGGCGCUGCAGUGCGGCGUCGCUAUACCGCUGGUAAUUCAAUCAUAUCCGGGAAUUCCUUUCAAUUUAUCCGCAUCCCCGUCAUUUUGUGCCAAUUCUCUAUUCUUAUACACCGCUCUAAUGCCGUCCAUCGAUUACGCCGACCUGAUGAUCGGCAUCAACCGGUUCAUCGCCAUCUGUUUCCCGCACCACUAUUCCCGGUGGUCCCGUCCGCCCGUCAUCUACACCAUGAUCGGCCUGUCCUGGUCCACCGCCGUCGUCUUCGCGGUGGCGCCCAUGUUCCCCAACAUCGCCCGCUUCCGCAACCUACCGCCCUGGAACGCGUGCGGCGUGGUGUACAGUCCCUUUUGGUCGGUGUUCUUCGCUGCCGGCGGUAUCGCCGCGCCGGUGGUGGUGCUGUUCGUACUGUACUUGGCGGUCUUUGUGGUGAUGUUGUCGCGUAGUCGCAUCACGUGGCAGAAGCAGCAGAAAGUGGCGCCGGUCAUGGAGUGUAAGGUCAAGCGCACCACGGAACGCCGCUUCCGCAGCACCAAGAUCUUCUUCACGGUGUUCGUGUGCUAUUCGUGCUGCAUGUUGCCGGCACCGUUAGCCGCGCCGCUCUUUCCCAAGGAAUACGCCAGACUACCGUUUCUGCGGCAGAUAUUGCGAGCGUUAAUGACGGCGGGAACCGCAAGCAUUCCGGUGUUGUAUUUUCUACUGAACUCCAAAUACCGUAACCAAGUGCUUUCGUGCGGAUACAGACCAAGGUUAUCAUCACAUCCUUCUAAAAUGGAGAAGUCAAACGUAUCGCGUAGUCGAAUGAAGUCCAUGGGUGCAGGCGCGACGACCGAUGCUGCAUCCGAAUGA